GCCAGCGCCGCCUUCCGCACCCGCUGCGCCGCCGCGCUGCUGGAGAAGCUGUACGGGCUGGGGCUGGUGAACAGCCGGCAGUCGCUGGCCGUCUGCGAGAGCCUCUCGGCCUCCGCCUUCUGCCGCCGGCGCCUGCCCUGCCUGCUGGUGAAGCUGCGGAUGGCCCAGAACCUCCGCCACGCCGUCACCUUCGUGGAGCAGGGACACGUCCGUGUGGGGCCCGAGGUGGUCACCGACCCCGCUGUUCUCGUCCCCCGCAACGUGGAGGACUUCAUCACCUGGGUGGAUGCCUCUCGCCUGCGGCAGAAGGUGCUGGACUACAACCAGGAGCGGGAUGACUUCGACCUGGCCGCCUAG